AUGGAGGGCUCAGGGGAGGCGCCGGGCCCACAGCCACCGCAUCCCGAGGACCACCGCAUCCGUGACGGCGACUUCGUGGUGCUGAAACGGGAAGAUGUGUUCAAAGCAGUGCAAGUCCAGCGGAGAAAAAAAGUAACUUUUGAAAAGCAGUGGUUCUAUCUGGAUAACAUCAUUGGCCAUAGUUAUGGAACCACAUUUGAAGUGACCAAUGGAGGAAGUCUUCAGCCUAAGAAGAAGAAGGAAGAGCCUACUUCAGAGACCAAAGAAGCGGGCACUGAUAAUCGAAAUAUAAUUGAUGAUGGGAAAUCUCAGAAACUUACUCAAGAUGACAUAAAAGCUUUAAAGGACAAGGGCAUUAAAGGAGAGGAAAUAGUUCAGCAAUUAAUUGAAAAUAGUACAACAUUCCGAGACAAGACAGAAUUUGCUCAAGAUAAAUAUAUAAAAAAGAAGAAAAAGAAGUAUGAAGCCAUCAUUACUGUUGUGAAGCCAUCCACCCGCAUUCUUUCAAUUAUGUAUUAUGCAAGAGAACCUGGAAAAAUUAACCACAUGAGAUACGAUACCCUAGCCCAGAUGUUGACAUUGGGAAAUAUCCGUGCUGGCAAUAAAAUGAUUGUAAUGGAAACGUGUGCAGGCUUGGUACUGGGGGCAAUGAUGGAACGAAUGGGAGGCUUUGGUUCCAUUAUUCAGCUGUACCCUGGAGGUGGACCUGUUCGGGCAGCAACAGCAUGUUUUGGAUUUCCCAAAUCUUUCCUCAGUGGUCUUUAUGAAUUCCCACUCAACAAAGUGGACAGUCUCCUAAAUGGCACGUUUUCUGCAGAGAUGUUAUCUUCAGAGCCUAAAGACAGUGCUUCAGUUGAAGAAAGUAAUGGCACCCUGGAGGAAAAACAGACUUCAGAGCAAGAGAAGGAAGACAGUGUGGCAGAAGCCCAAGAGAGCCAUCACCCACAGGAACAAGAAACAAUGGAAAUUGUCUCUCAAGAUCCAGAAUAUAAGGAGCCUAAAGAGAGAGGAAGCAAAAAAGAUUAUAUUCAGGAAAAGCAGAGGAGACAAGAAGAGCAAAGGAAAAGACAUUUAGAGGCUGCUGCUCUGCUGAGUGAAAGAAAUGCAGAUGGUUUAAUUGUAGCUAGUCGUUUCCAUCCCACUCCACUCCUGCUGACUUUGCUGGACUUCGUGGCCCCUUCAAGGCCAUUCGUGGUCUACUGUCAGUAUAAAGAGCCGCUGUUGGAAUGCUAUACAAAACUGCGGGAAAGAGGAGGGGUCAUCAACCUCAGACUGUCUGAAACCUGGCUCAGGAAUUACCAGGUUUUGCCAGAUCGAAGUCAUCCCAAACUACUGAUGAGCGGAGGUGGGGGGUACCUUCUCUCAGGCUUCACUGUUGCCAUGGAUAACCUUAAAGCAGACCCCAGUCUCAAAUCCAACGCAAGCACUUUAGAAUUACACAAGACUGAAGAGCCAGCAGCUAAAAAACGGAAAUGCCCAGAGUCUGACUCUUAA